GGACUGCUAUUAAGAACACGCUGCUCUGUACUUCUCCGCUGCAGAAGACAGAGUGAUAUUCGUGUUACCACGGCAUGUUGUAAAUGGAUGAGAUUCUGCUCAUCCCGGCUUGGAGAUAAGAAUAGGGAAAGGAGAGCAACUUGAAUCAGAAGCCACUAGAAGAGCGUGCAGAGUUCUGCAGCAGUUCAUGCUUGUUCUUACAUUUUGCCUUCUUCUAACUGGAAAACAGAGAGACGGGCAUUUUUCUAAACGGGCUUUUCCCAUAAUGGCAUUCUUGUAUUGUGUGGCCGGAGCUCGCACGGGAGGCGAGCAGGCUGCCGAAUUUAGUCACUGAUCUCUAUUAGCUGUGGCCUAAGGCUAUGCUGAGGUUUAUAUCCCAUUUGUAUUGUUGCAGCUCGAAAGAAGAAUGUUCAGAGGAUGACAAGUGUAUUCUGAGUAGUACCGUGGUGACAACAUGCCAUUGAAAUGGAAAACGAGCUCUCCUGCUAUCUGGAAAUUCCCAGUUCCUGUGCUUAAAACAUCCAGGUCAACUCCACUUUCUCCAGCAUACAUAUCUCUAGUGGAAGAGGAGGACCAGCACAUGAAAUUGUCCCUUGGAAGCAGCGAAAUGGGUCUCUCAUCCCAUCUGCAGUCUUCCAAGGCAGGGACCACACGCAUCUUUACCAGCAAUACCCACAGUUCGGUGGUGUUACAGGGCUUUGACCAGCUUCGACUUGAAGGAUUGCUUUGCGAUGUGACCCUGAUGCCUGGUGACACAGAUGACGCCUUCCCUGUGCAUAGAGUCAUGAUGGCCUCUGCUAGUGAUUACUUCAAGGCAAUGUUCACAGGUGGAAUGAAAGAACAAGAUUUAAUGUGCAUUAAGCUUCACGGUGUGAGCAAAGUCGGCUUAAGGAAAAUUAUUGAUUUCAUUUAUACUGCAAAGCUUUCUCUUAACAUGGACAACCUUCAGGACACCCUCGAAGCUGCCAGUUUUCUUCAGAUUCUGCCGGUUUUGGACUUCUGCAAAGUAUUUCUCAUAUCUGGGGUCACUUUAGACAAUUGUGUCGAAGUUGGUCGGAUUGCCAACACCUACAAUCUGACAGAAGUGGAUAAAUAUGUCAACAGUUUUGUCUUGAAGAAUUUUCCCGCAUUGCUGAGCACUGGGGAGUUCUUGAAGCUCCCUUUUGAGCGUCUUGCCUUUGUGCUUUCCAGUAAUAGCCUUAAGCACUGCACUGAACUUGAGCUCUUUAAGGCUACCUGUCGCUGGCUACGCCUAGAAGAGCCUCGGAUGGACUUUGCUGCCAAAUUAAUGAAGAACAUACGAUUUCCACUGAUGACACCGCAGGAGCUCAUCAAUUAUGUGCAAACCGUGGAUUUCAUGAGAACUGACAAUACCUGUGUGAAUCUCCUUUUGGAAGCCAGCAAUUACCAAAUGAUGCCAUACAUGCAGCCAGUGAUGCAGUCAGACAGGACUGCCAUUCGCUCUGACACCACUCAUUUGGUCACACUCGGAGGAGUUCUGAGGCAGCAGCUGGUUGUCAGCAAGGAAUUGCGCAUGUAUGAUGAAAAGGCCCAUGAAUGGAAAUCGUUAGCCCCCAUGGAUGCCCCACGGUACCAGCAUGGCAUUGCUGUCAUUGGAAAUUUCCUCUAUGUCGUCGGCGGACAGAGCAAUUAUGACACAAAAGGAAAAACGGCAGUCGAUACGGUCUUCAGAUUUGAUCCUCGCUACAAUAAAUGGAUGCAGGUCGCAUCUUUAAAUGAAAAGCGCACCUUUUUCCACCUAAGUGCCCUCAAAGGAUAUCUGUACGCAGUCGGUGGGCGAAAUGCAGCUGGUGAACUGCCCACAGUGGAGUGUUACAAUCCAAGAACAAAUGAGUGGACCUAUGUUGCCAAAAUGAGUGAACCCCACUAUGGCCAUGCUGGAACUGUGUAUGGAGGAGUCAUGUAUAUUUCAGGGGGAAUCACUCAUGACACUUUCCAAAAGGAGCUCAUGUGCUUUGACCCGGACACCGACAAAUGGAUCCAGAAGGCGCCGAUGACCACGGUCAGAGGCCUGCACUGCAUGUGUACAGUGGGCGAGAGGCUCUACGUCAUUGGUGGCAAUCACUUCCGAGGCACAAGUGAUUAUGAUGAUGUCCUAAGCUGUGAAUACUACUCACCUAUCCUUGACCAGUGGACCCCAAUUGCUGCCAUGUUAAGGGGGCAGAGCGAUGUCGGGGUCGCGGUCUUUGAAAAUAAGAUCUAUGUGGUCGGUGGGUAUUCCUGGAAUAAUCGCUGUAUGGUGGAGAUAGUGCAGAAAUAUGACCCUGACAAAGAUGAGUGGCAUAAGGUGUUUGAUCUCCCAGAGUCCCUCGGUGGCAUCCGAGCUUGUACACUCACGGUGUUCCCGCCCGAAGAAACCACACCAUCACCUUCUAGAGAGUCCCCCCUUUCUGCACCUUAAGAUCACCCCCGCCCCGCGACUAAGAUGCUGUGUUCCUAUCUUUGCAGCGUGUCAUGAAUUCUCUUCUUUUGCGCCCCUUUAGUAGUGUAUGUUAGGAUUAGCCUCCAGUAAUUGAUACAGAUAUUGGAAAAAAAAAGACAACAGUGAUGUUAUUUGUGCUGUUUGUUUGGCUUAGAGUGUUUAUAAAGUUGGUAACAAAACCAUUCUGGAAAUGUAUCCCAUUGAAGCUGAUGUUUAACAUAUAAAAACAAAACAAAACAAACAAAAAAAAAACACACAAAAAAAAACCACACACAAAAAAAAAAACCAACCCAAGAUAUUGUCUAUAAAAUGUUUCUUCAGUACUUUUUCGAUGCUGUGUAUUGGGUGUAAGGUAUUUGUCAUCUUACAUUAGAAAGCCCAGCGAACCAACUCGAAGGUGGAUUGUAGUAAGUGUACAACUGUGCUAACUCGGCUUCAAAGUAAAAAGUUUUCCUUUCAUCUUUGACUGUGAGAUGUCGAAGGGAGGCAGCUUGCUCCAACAGGAAACAAUAGACAAAAGGUUGCCAACUCGCAUGAGCUACCUCCCUCUUUUCAUAAAGUAUUUUUGACAUAUCUGUCAACCCACCUAUCUGCGUGGGCGCAUUGAAAACAUAUGAAGUUUCUUAGACACACAGGAGAAAUAAUAACUGAAAUUCACCAAUAUUAAUAAUAAUAAAAAGAAACAGCAUGACCCCUCUGCUUAGAAACAAGAGUUCGGGGUUUCUAAAGUGUGUAUAAAUACAUACACACACGUACAUUGAACAGACACAAAAUUUUAAAAAUGGAAUGUCACAUCAAAUAAACCUGAAUGAUCUUUUAAAAUUUCUACCAAAAAGCAGCUUCCGUUCAAAUGGGAAUUCAGUAGCGCACAUGGAGAAUCCUACUGAAUUUAGGUGGACAAGGGCUAGAAAUGUUGAGCAACUAAAUUUGUCACUUGACCAAAUUUUUCCUUCCGAAACUGUAAUCUACACCUUCUCCUUUGCUGUUGAGGUAACUUGCAUAUUAUCUGUGUUCUGUAUACUCUCAAUUCAUAAGGUUAUUUAGCACAAAGUGUAGCAGCCUCCCCUGGGGAGCUGCUUUUGCUCAGUGAUUUCAACUUCCAUGUUUUAUCUCUUUUUGUUCAAUAAAAAAGCAUUUAAUGUCA